CCGGAGAGGAGGCGUCCGGUGGCGCGCGGCGGCGGAAAGUUGCGGUGACCUUGUCCAGGAAGCGCUCGGUACCAUAUUGUAUCAUGAAGGAAAUGUGACUGGAUGAUUAUGUUAAUCGACUCUGCUUAGGAAUCUAGUCAUGGUGGAUGUUAGAAAGUGGCCCGUGUUCAGCUUACUUUCCCCACAAGAGCUCAAAUCGAUUCACCAAGCCUGUGUCUUUGGCACUACAGCUACUGAGGCUGUCUAUGUAACAAAAGAUAACGAUGUAUUUACUCUCGGAAUGAAUUGCAGUAGCUGCUUGGGAGUCGGAGAUGGUCAAAGUAUAGCAAUACCGAAGAAAAUAGAUGUUUUGUGUGGGAAGAAGAUAAUAUCUCUCAGUUAUGGAAGUGGACCACAUAUUUUACUUGCUACUGAAGAUGGAGAGACCUAUUCCUGGGGCCUCAACAGCAGCUGCCAGCUGGGAAAUGGAACAACUGGUCCUGGCUCAUUGCCUUUCCUCGUUUCCAGCAUGUUCUAUGAUAAGAAGGUAGUGGAGGUAGCUUGUGGCUCCAGUCAUUCUAUGAUUCUCACAACAGAUGGAGAGGUUUAUUCAUGGGGUUCCAACAAUUGUGGACAAGUUGGAUCAGGAUCGACUACAACUCAGGCAACACCACGAAGAGUUACACAUGGUUUGGAGAACAGGAAGGUUGUCACUAUUGCUUGUGGUCAGGUAUUCUCCAUGGCUGUAACAGACAACGGAGAGGUGUUUGGUUGGGGUAACAAUGGCAAUGGCCAACUUGGAUCAGGGAUCAAUGGAAACCACCUUACCCCUUGCAGGUUGACUGCAUUACAAGGAAUUUGUGUCCUACAGAUUGCCUGUGGUUACGCUCACACGCUCGCACUAACAGAUGAGGGCUUGCUUUAUGCCUGGGGUGCUAAUACAGUUGGGCAGCUGGGUUUUGGAAAUAAAACUAACCAGAUGGUCCCAGUGCUGAUCGUUUUGGAGAAAGAAAGGAUUGUAGAGAUUGCAGCCUGCCAUUCCACUAGUACCUCAGCUGCUAAGACCCAAAGUGGUCAAGUGUACAUGUGGGGCCAAUGUCGCGGACAAUCGGUCACCGUCCCGCAUCUCACAUAUUUUUCCUGCACGGAUGAUGUGUUUGCUUGCUUUGCGUCCCCAGCAGUUACGUGGCGUCUCCUCUGUGUAGAACAGGAUGAUCACCUGACAGUCGCCCAAUCUCUGCACAAGGAGUUUGACAGUUUGGAAACAUCAGAUUUAAAGUUUUGUGUGGAAGGAAAAUUCAUCCAUGUUCAUAAAGCCAUUCUAAAAAUCAGGUGUGAACAUUUCCGAACCAUGUUCCAGUCCUACUGGAGUGAGGAUGAAAAAGAAGUGAUUGAAAUCGACCAGUUUAGUUAUCCAGUUUAUCGUGCCUUUCUAGAAUACCUUUACACAGACUCUGUCAACCUACCUCCCGAGGAUGCAGUAGGGCUUCUGGAUCUGGCUACAUCCUACUGUGAAAAAAAGGUGAAGAAGCUGUGCCAGGAGAUAAUCAAGAGAGGUAUUACUGUGGAGAAUGCAUUUUUGUUGCUCUCGGCAGCUGUCCAGUAUGAUGCUAAGGAUUUGGAAGAAUUUUGCUUCAAAUUUUGUGUGAAUCAUUUGACUGCUGUGACCAACACUGAUGCAUUUUGGCAAAUGGAUGGAGAUCUCUUGAAAGAAGUUAUUGGAAAGGCAAGCAAAUAUGGAGCCUUCAGGAACUGAAUUUGCUGGGUAGAUAUGCUCAAAUAUCUUUAUAAAUAUAUUCCUUCCAUGAUUUAUUGAGAAUUUGCUGCAAUGCUUGUAUAAUCUCCUACCCAGCUCAGUUAUAUAAAAUUGUACUCCUGCCAGGACAAUGCAAAUAACAUGGAUAUAAAGGAUUAUUUAAUCCCAUUUUCUACAAAAAAAAUUGCACUAAUAUUAUGGCUCAUUGCUUGAUUACUGUUAGCUUCCUAGAUAUAAAUAAUUAUACACAAUUCUCCUGUAAGGGAAUGGUUGUGUGUAAAUUUUGCAAAAUUGUUUUCAGUAAACACCAGAUGUCUCCCCUUUUUAACAAUUGUGUGACAGUAACUACUACUGGUUUUGAAGUGGAGAUCAUCUCAGUUUCAUUAACUUAACAAUAGAGCUAUCAGGCUUCCCAAGAAGCAGUCAUGGCAGGCAGAACGGUAAUGUUUUUUAACAGAAUUCCAAGGUUGUGCUUUUGUCGGUCAGCAUCACUUGGAGUCACAGAGAGAUACAGCAUGGAAACAGAUUCUUCGGCCCACUCAGUCUGUGCUGACCAUCAAGUAUCCAUUUUAUCACAAAUCCUACCUACCCCAAUCCAUUUUAUUUUCCCCACAUUCCUGCCAACUUUCCCCAUUCCUACCCCACUCACUUCUACCACUCACCUACACACUAGGGGUAAUUUACAGUGGCCAAUUUAUCUACCAACUCACAUUUUUUUUGGAUGUGGGAGGAAACCAUGUGGUCACCAGGAAAAUGUACAAACUCCAUACAGACAGUGUCAGGGUUGCUGGAGCUGUGACGAAGCAGCUCUACUAGCUAAGCCACUGUAUGGCAAUUUAUAUCAUUGUUUUGAUGUAGGAAUUUCUUGCUGAACCAUGUAAUUCCUUUGAAUUUAAUUAAAGACAUUGGGGAUGCUGUACUGUUUGCCAAAAUUGAUGUCUUACCAGCACAGUAUAAAAAGGAAAACAUCAAAAAAGCUUGAC